AGACAAAACGUUCUACAAUUGAAGUUCACAAUUGGUGAGGUAAUGAGGUAUUUGGCGUUCACCUCAUUUCUUACGAACCUGUGAACCUGACCUCGUUUUAUCUCAAAGCACAACCGAGGUUUGGGUAAUUAGUUGAAGCAAAAGCGAGUAAUUUCUGACAGGCUUUCUGAAAUGGGUGAUGAUUGGGAUGAUGUGCUUUACUCAGUUCCACCUCAAGGCAGGGGUGGAGGUUCUUGGAAUAAUAACAACCAAGCAGGAAUAAAACCACCUGCUGGCAGAGGAAGAGGGGCAGCUACAUUGGCCAGCCAAAUGAACAGUGUGAAGAUCUCAACUGACGAUGAAUGGGGAGUGGGAGUUCAAACUGCAAAACCUGUUCCUAGCUCUAAUGGAUGGGAUGCUCCAGCCACAAAUGCUGGCAAUUCCAGUGAUUGGGGAGCUCCAGCGUCAACUGCUCCUCCAAAUACUGGUGGUUGGAAUGCACCUGAAACCACCUCACAAUUCAAGAACGAUUUUGAUGACCAGCCCCGUGGUGGUGGAUGGGGCACCUCUGGAGGAAAUGGAUUCAAAGGCACUGGAGGUGGUGGAGGAGGUGGUCGUCCAUGUCACAAGUGUGGAGAAGACGGUCAUUUUGCCAGGGAAUGUCCUAAAGGCGGUGGUGGUGGUGGCGGCGGCGGCAGUCGGCCUUGUCACAAAUGUGGAGAAGAAGGACAUUUUGCCAGAGAAUGUCCACAAGCUGGUGGGGGCGGUGGUAGUGGUCCACGGACUUGUCACAAAUGUGGAGAAGAAGGACAUAUUUCCAGGGAAUGCCCACAAGGAGGUGGUGGGGGAGCUCGUACGUGUAAUAAGUGCGGAGAAGAGGGCCAUAUGGCAAGAGAUUGUCCACAAGGAGGAGGCAGUGCAAGCAGCAAGUGUUACAACUGUCAUGAAGCUGGCCACUCCUCGAAAGACUGCCCGAAUCCAUUCAAUGAAUUGACGGAAGACGGAAAGCCGCGUGAACAAUACAUUCCGGAAGCUGUGACGUGCGAUGAAAAGGAACUGUUUAAGGGCAUCGUCUGUGGGGAACGCUUCAGCAAUUUUGACAAAGUCGUCCUACAGGUUACAGGAAAAGAUGUACCUCAAUACAUCACAUCAUUCGAAGAAGCCGGCUUGCGCCCACUACUACUUCAGAACAUUAAGAAUUCCGGCUACAUUAAACCCACACCUGUACAGAAAGCUUCAAUUGCAGUUAUUCUCGCCAAAAGAGAUUUGAUUGCUUGUGCUGUCACGGGCUCCGGCAAAACGGCGGCGUACUUGGUACCGGUUAUGAACAUUUUGUUAGAACAAGGUGUUGCUGGUGCGUCUCACGCCAUGGUUCAGAAGCCAGAAGUUGUCAUAGUCGCACCCACUCGUGAAUUGGCAAUUCAAAUUCACCGCGAGGCUUGUAAAUUCUCCUACAAUUCCAUUUUAAAGUCUGUGAUUAUUUAUGGAGGAACUGUCACGAGCCAUCAGCGGUCAAAUCUUCAAGCUGGGUGCAAUAUUCUCGUCGCGACCGCGGGGCGACUCAAGGAUUUUCUCGACCGUGGAGUAUUUGACUUUUCCGGGGUCAGGUUUUUAAUUUUGGACGAAGCUGAUCGAAUGCUUGAUAUGGGUUUCGGCCCCGAUAUUGAAAAAAUUGUCAACCAUCCAACGAUGCCUCCGAAAGGAAUCCGUCGUGUUUGUAUGUUUUCAGCUACAUUCCCAGAUGAAGUACAAGCGCUGGCUGCAAGUUACAUGGAAGACUACAUAUUCGUCACAACGGGCAUUGUCGGUGGCACCAAUCCGGAUGUUGAACAGCUGUUUUUCCAGUGCUCGAAAAGAGAUAAGAGAGCUAAGCUGAUCGAAGUUUUACAAGAUAUCGGUGAUGCCAAGACCAUCGUUUUUGUCGACAGCAAAAAGACUGCGGAUUUCGUCGCUGCAUUUUUGUGCAAUAACAACUUACAAGCUACCAGCAUCCAUGGUGAUCGUCUUCAGAGUCAGCGUGAACAAGCGCUUCGUGACUUCAAAAAUGGUAUUAGGAAUAUUCUCGUGGCCACUAAUGUUGCUGCCCGUGGUUUAGAUAUUGCCGGCGUCAACUAUGUCGUAAAUUAUGACUUGCCAACUGAUAUUGAAGAGUAUGUUCAUCGUGUGGGUCGAACCGGCCGCGUGGGAAAUGUUGGAAAAUCAAUAAGCUUCUUUGACGAAGAAAGAGACGGCCCUAACGGUGGAAAGUUUGUAUCUUUGUUAACUAAGUCCAACGCCGAUGUACCGCCAUUCUUGCAAGCGAUGGUCUCAGGCGUGAGUGGAAUGGGUUACGACUUUAGCGCCCCUUCGACUCAAGGGGGCUUUGCUAGUCGAGAUAUGCGCCGAUUCGGCGAUAAACCUGGAUUUGCUGCCUUGCCUACUGAAGUUGAAGAGAGUUGGGAUUAACUCAAUGUCGUUCACUUGGUUGUCUUAUUUUGGAGUAAUCCAAAACCAAAGUUCUUGUCCAAGAACAUCUUGGAAAUUACCUGCAAUGUAUGUUUGAAAAAUUUGAUUACGUGUUUGUUUUGCUAACCCAGAUACCUCAAUACAGAACGAAUUCAUUUUGUUUAAGAAAACA